GGAGAACCCGAGUGCCUUCCCCAAAGAUUUGUCAUCCGUGUUGUGUUUGGAAGGACGGCCAGGCAUUCUGAGCAAGAAAUGCAGGAGGUGGAUGAAAGGCUUGCCAAGUUGCAAGCGUGAAGAAGAGGGACAUGUUACAAAAUAUUGAGGCCAACUUGUGGAAAGAUUGGGAAUCAUUGAACUGACGAGACCAAAGCUGCAGGAGAAUGGACAGCGAGGUACAACGAGAUGGAAGGAUCUUGGAUUUGAUUGAUGAUGCUUGGCGGGAAGACAAGCUGCCAUAUGAGGAUGUUGCGAUCCCACUGAGUGAGCUUCCCGAGCCUGAGCAGGACAACGGUGGCACCACAGAGUCUGUGAAAGAGCAGGAGAUGAAGUGGACAGACCUGGCCUUGCAGUGCCUCCACGAGAACGUCCCACCAGCUGGAAACUGACACUGGCUUGCUUUCCCAUGGGUUUUCAAAAAUAUGUAGAUAAAGCAUGUUUCCUCUCUGUCUCCGAAUUCAGAUCUUUGAGUAAUAAAUCAACACUCAAAAACA